AUGACACUCCGUCGGUGUGACAGUCUCCCCGCGAAAUUGAGGGAGGCGCCGAUCGCUAACCCCGAAGUAACCCAACCUUUGAGGAAUAAAAUACCCGAUUCUAACACUGACCCAAAUUUAAAAGAAAAUAUCGCCCGAGAAGAAGUUAUCGCCACUUGGAAAUCCCUUCACACCGACGUCAAGAAUAUAAAAAAUGGUUUUCCUACAAAGAAUGACCUUUCGGACCAUGGCACGGAUAAAAGAAUAUCCAUUACCCACAAAUUUAGUCCGGUACCUAAGCGCUAUAACAGAGAACGGAAAAAAAUCACUUACGAUAACAGACAUAUCGCGGUCGGUGCACAGGAGGCUGAUCGCACCUCGUCAUGUCCUCUGGACGUGGCUCAGAGAUAUCCGACAGAUAGGAAGGCUAAUUCGGUGCGACGAAAGACGUUACUCGAUCGCCUUCUAUCCUGGAAAACUGCAGAUUGCGAUUGCAAUGUUAAAUAUUCAUCGAAGUUUCGCCCUGUACCGAAAACACAACCAAAUGAUAUGCUAUGCACUUGUGGUGUUAUUCAACCAAUUGUCACGAACAAUUUGAAUAAAUAUGCAGAGCGUGGACGCUCCAAAAGUGUAGGAUAUGAGGCUGCACGUGAAGUGACUCAAUUCCGCCGGUGCGCAAGCGCAGGUGCAACGGUGGGUGCUGAGACGGCAGCAGCACUACGCGCCCGCGCUGCUCUUACAUUAGCGAGACGUUACUACCCGGAGGGAGGUUGGGGAUGGACCAUUACCAUCGUUGGCACAAUUGUUCAAAUUUUAUCGCAUGGUUUACAACUUGGCGGCGGCACUGGUGCGAUAGCAUGUACAGCGGCUGUUAAAUAUCGCGUUCCACCGCUUUAUACGUACGAUAUGUCUCCGAAAAGGAUUUUAAAUCCUAUCACUAUCACAUAA